CAAUGCUACAUCAUCCGUCCAACGAUUCCAUGGACAUAUAGGAACAUAUGACCUACAAACACCAUAGCCACAUUGGGUUGACCUUGCUUGUACAUUAAUCCAAGUGGAAGAAGAAACAGGAAAACAAGGGCAGACAAAACAUACCCCAACCCAAUCCUUCCUUUUGAGUAACGAGUCUUGGUGUGUAAGUGAAGGAAAAAUAGGUGGAAACUUAAAAAGUUAAAGUUGUUUGUAUAUGUUGGUGCAUUGAGGGCUCAAUUGAAUGCUGCCAAAUAACCCUCUAGUUAGUUGAGACGAGAGAGAAAGUAGGGGGAAUAUGUAGCCUUUUCCUCUUGCCUUGAAGUUGAGUAAUAGCCAUAGGUGAACUUCUAGCAGGAGCAUAGAUGGGAUGAAAAGAUGAAUUGGGUGGGAUGAAUGGAUGAUUGUAGUUAAUGGAGAUGCAUGGUGCUCUUCUCCUCCAUCAUGGAUUCUCAGACAUUAUUGAACCCAAAGUGGCCUACCACCAAUCCACCAUACCAGCCUUAUGACUUCAACUGAUGAGUCAAUUCUUUGCUCCUUCUGGUCCAUGCAACGUGCAAGGGGGGAAAACCCUUUUCUCCUCCCCCUUUGCAACACUGUCUGUUGCUUGAAUGAAUGGAAUGAGAUGAAAUUAAUGGCUGGCCUGGUUCCAGAACAUGGGAAGCUGGGCUUUCUCUUUUCUCUGUACCCAGCCACACCUCAUAGUUUUGUCCCCCCACCCCUUAGAUGGAAAGGUCAGAGUGAAUUUGAGAAUUUAGAUGGAUGGAUGAAAAGAAAAGAUGCAUGUUAUCUCAAGCUUGAUGAUUAAGCUGGAUAUUGGGUCAGGAAUUUGCAUUCUCGCUUCCCUCUUGUCCCCACAUUUCACCUACUUUCGGUUGGCAUUCAUUGCCCAUUACUCUCCUUGUCCAUCACAGACCGUGCAACUCUCCGUUUUUUUGCCUCUCAAUGCUUGAUUGAUUCAUCCAUGGGGGAUUCAGAUCUGUGGAGCUUUGGGAUCUGAAAGCUUAGCCAGCAUACUAAGUCAUCUUCCGUCAUGUUUCAUGACUUUUGUCUUGACCUUAUUUAGCCAUUCAAAAGUUGGCUUUCUCUUUGGAAAGUUGAAACCCUGAAAAUGGGUGUCUCUCUUUUAGCUUGUUUUGCCAUAAAGCACUCAUCUUUUUUGCACACAAAGUUUUCCCUUCUUUCUACAGAGCCUCUCUGCUAAAACUGGGACACAUUGUGUUGUGUGUGUGCGCGCCUUUAGCAGAACGAGAAUGAUAAAUUCAAUACUGUUUCUGAUGAAUGGUCCAUCCACCAUUCACUAAUAUCAAUGCAAUUGUAUUUCACACUCACACAUGUUUUUUCUUCUACAGAAAAUGACAUGUUUCUGUUCUGAUCUCAUUAAUGACAAUGACAAUCUGCAUCAUCCCAUAUACCUAUCUGCUUCUUGAACUUCGCAAAUAGUCAGUAAAUUUACUUGUAAUCAUGCAUUGAUUUCCUGAAACCUUGUCACAUAACUACGUUUUUGCAGCAAUUAAUGAUGUUUCAGCUGAAUUUAACAAUGUAUGUUGGUUCCAGGAAAGAACGGGCAGCCGCCAUCAAGCAGCACACUCUCAUGGUCGACUCGCCUCCGAAUCGCCAAAGGAACAGCCAGAGGCCUAGCCUACCUCCACGAAUGCAGCCCGCGAAAAUUCGUCCACGGCGACAUCAAGCCCACCAACAUCCUCCUCGACGCCGAAUUCCGCCCCCACAUCUCCGACUUCGGCCUCAGCCGCCUCGUCACCAUCACGGGCAACAACAACAACAACAACAACCCAUCCUCUUCCUCCUCCGGCUUCAUGGGCGGGGCCCUGCCUUACCUCAAAUCGGCCCAGACCGAGCGGCCCAACAACUACCGGGCCCCCGAGGCCCGCAUCCCGGGUAACAAGCCGGCCCAGAAGUGGGAUGUCUACUCGUUCGGCGUCGUCCUGCUCGAGCUCCUCACGGGGAAAUCCCCCGACCUUUCCCCGACCAGCUCGAGCGCCGUCGAGGUUCCCGAUCUCGUCAGGUGGGUGAGGAAAGGGUUUGAGGAAGAGAACCCUUUGUCGGAGAUGGUGGAUCCGACGCUGUUGCAGGAGGUUCAAGCGAAGAAGGAGGUUCUGGCGGUUUUCCAUGUCGCUCUGGGUUGUGUGGAGGUGGAUCCUGAGGUUCGUCCGAGGAUGAAGAAUGUGUCGGAGAAUCUUGAUAGGAUCGGAACGUAGAGAGGAUCUUAUUGAGGAUUCGGGAUCUUCUGAGUUCUGAUGAUAGAAUGGGGAAUGAAGGGAGAGUUGGUGAAGAGUAUACAGAGAUUUCAUUUCCCCCUUUGCUUGUAUUUUCGUUUCCUUCCUUUAGUUUAUUUGGUGAUUGAAAAGAAAGCAUUUUGGGUAGUUGCUCAUUUGUAAUUUAAGCUCUCGAUCCCUUCUCCAUUUGAAGGAUCUUCUUAGUACUACUGGUAAUAAAAGUUUGAAUACUAU